UCUAUAAGAUCGCCGGAGACCACUUAAAUCGGUUAUUCAAUUUACACAGCUCUAAUGUUUACUUGCUAUUAAGUGCGUGUAUUGACGGCGUUAAUCAGUUUGUUGUUUAUUCGGGCACAAUGCCUUUCGUGCCAUCAGAAAGUUUGUCUAAAAUGUCAUGGCCGAGCAAUGAAAGUAUCCAUGCCGGUAGUUCGUCCAGUGGUUACGCAGGAAGCUGCUCCAGUGGUUCUGGAUUCCAAAGCCCUUCUUCGCCGACGUCUUUCUCGCCAAUUUCUUCCUCUCCAGAUGCCACACUGAGAAAAAGGUUCAGACGAGCUUCCAGUCUAGGAAGUGUUAUUCAAGAACCUUUCGUCAUUCGCUCUGACGUACGAGACUCAAGAAGUCAGAGCCCGGCUUUAAGUUGUCACGAAGAAGAAGAAGAUGAGUUUGUCUACUCAUUACUCUCAAAACUUAUUGGUUGGUAUCCUUGCUUCUUGCUGCGACUGAUGAAAGCUCUCUUCAUCGCAGUGCUUCCGCAAACAUGGAGACAGCUUAUAUUUGCGCUACCUAUGCUAUGGAUUUCUAUGUGGGUGUGGUGUUUCACGCAGUUAAUGCAGCUGCCUUUGACCAUAAUUAAGGCUAUUCUAUCUUUCAUAUUGUCUCCGAACACUUCCAAAAACAGCAAGAAGAGGACAGUGCUCAUAACUGGAGGAAGUACGAUUCAAGCUCUUCAUCUGGCCAGGAAUUUCUAUUCAGCAGGAGCACGAGUGGUCGUUUGUGAAGUAGAAGGACAUUUCGCUUUAGCCAAAUAUUCCACAGCAGUCAGUAAGUUUUAUACAGUUCCUAAACCUACUAGCGAUAAGCAACAGAACUAUGUUAGAGCCCUUUGUGAGAUAGUUGACAAAGAGCAAGCAGUGUAUUUCAUCCCGGUUGCUGCUACAACUCCUGCUUACUACGAUGCUGUGGCUAAACCUCAUUUAGAACUUUUGGGUUGUUCUUGCUUUUGUCCAGGUAUCAGAGAAGUUUGGGUUCUUGAUGACACUUUGGAAGUAUUAAAACGGUGUCAAAAGAACCAGAUUACAACACCAAUAUAUCAUGUAGUGACCUCACGAGAUGAUGUUUUAAAAUUGUACGAUACCGGCGCUAUAAGAAGGGGAAUGUUUGUAAUGUCCACUGCAGGGCCAAGAGGUUUACGUGAGCGUUCAAAAAUUCUUCUACCUUUGUCCAGAAACGAUUUGAAAAUACCUAACGAUAUCAGCGAGCAAAAACCUUGGGUAGUAGUACAGAAUCUAGAAGGUGACCAUUAUUUGACUUGCACUACGGUGAAAGAAUCCCAUGUAAUCGCAAAUGUUACAUGCAAGAUGAACAAGAAUACUAAUGAACUGGUCCCGGAAGAAAACAGAGAAAUUAACCAAUGGCUGACGAAUUUUUUCAAUAAAAUCAACUUGUUAAGGCCGAUCUCUGGACACAUCAGCUUCAGGUUUGUACUUUGCAAAGAAUCUGGUACAGUGAUUCCUUUGAGUAGCAGGGUAGGAGUAUCUUUGCCUUAUAUUUGUUACACUUCGGUGCAUCCAAGGUUGGUGUGGAAGCCAUGCAGACAUUUUAGUCGUCAAAAUUCUGGUCCUUUAAUCAAUGGUAAUGGCGUGUAUAACAUGCCACAAACGGUGAUGCACACAGUCAGCAAUCCUUCCCUGGAAUCAGUAACGAGGCUCAUAGGCACAGUUUUGGAUAGAAGAGAGGCUUUGUUCGCAAUGUGGGAUCCUUUGCCCUACUGCGCGUACUACCACAUGCAAAUUCCAUUUAAAAAUGUUCUUGGUUUUGUUAGAAGGAGACAAGACAGUUUUCCCAGGCCGAUGACUACGGCUGUACGGUAGUGUUUUUGUUUUUCUCAAUGGGAGAGAGACAAUAAAAAGCCUGAUGUGAUAAAAGACGAUUAUUUUAUAUUUAUUUUUGAAUUACUUCAUGUCCAAUGUCCAAAACUCUUUGUGACUUGUGUUGAAACAUAUCAUUAAAAUGUUUUAUAAAACUAGCUUUAUCAAAACUCGAAGAUGUGUUAUCUUUUUGUACAAAUUUAUUAUUAAGCAUAUUUGGUUGGAAAAUUUUUUAUGUUGAUUGUCAUAAAAAAUGUGAUAGUAUGUUACAUUAACUGAAAGAUAAUGUUUUAAAAAUAGACCUUAUAGGUGUCCUAUGCAUCUGUUUUGAACGUCAUUGUUAUAAUUGAUUGUAAUUAGUUACCAUGUUGUAUUGGUAUUGUUUUGCUAUUUUUACUGAUUUAUAUAUAUUUUUAUUUAAAUAAAAUUCAACCAUAACAGUA